AUUGCUUUGACACCGGUAUUGGAUCGCAACGUAAAAACAAAUGGCACGAAACGCGCUCGUCUCUUACGCUGGGAAUGGCGUGAUGCUGUGCAAUCGUCGAGGAAUACGUGGGGUGAAGCGUCUUUCUGGGAGACCUAUAAGCGUUUACGUUCCGAGCAAUUCGAUCUUGGAGUCAGCGAAGUGGUUCGCGAGUGCGGUUUUGCAAUUUUUAACAAAAUUGGUUUACAAAAUUACGUCAGCGUCUUAGCUACAAAUUUGCUGGAAUAUUACACAGACCCAUUUGGCGUAAGCAGCAAUCCGAGCCAUGUUCCUUAUACAAUGAGCUAUAAGGAAAGAGCGGAGAAUUUGCUUGAUUAUCUGGUAAUGUAUGUGAUUGGCAGGUUCGUUAUAGCGCCUCUCAAUGGCAUUUAUGAGAAGUGCGUUGGCAACCGUUUUAAUACUUUGGCAAGUUCAUUUGCCCUGUACAGUAAUUUCUCAUUUUAA